AUGCCAUUUGGCCUGCCUGCCUCUUCUGACGUCAAUGGAAAUGUUUAUAUUUCGUUUUUUUUUUUUUCGAAUCAAAUUUUGAUAUUUUUCGUUUCAUUAUACCUGUUCGUUUGCAUCCCUUCUUUUUAUUUGAAUCAUAGCUGUUCGUCUGCUUUUUUCUCUCUUUCUUUUCAUUAUAACAGUUCGUUUGCCUCUUUCUUUCUUUCUUUUAAUUAUGGUUGUUCGUUUGCUUCCUUCUUUCUCUUCACUAUAGCUCUGUUUGUUUGUUUCUUUCUUUCUUCCGUUUGCUCCUUUUUUCUUUCUUUUUAUUAUGGCUGUUCGUUCGUUCCUUUCUUUCUUUUCAUUAUAAUUGUUCGUUUGCUUCUUUCUUUCUUUUUCUUCAUUAUAGCUGUUCAUUUGCUUCUUCUUUCUUUUCAUUAUAACAGUUAUUUUGCCUUUGACUUUCCUUUCAUUACAGUUGUUUGUCUGCUUCUUUCUUUCUUUCUUUCUUUCUUUCUUCUCAUUAUAGCUGUUCGUUUGUUUGACUUUUCCUUUCCAUUAAAACAUUUCGUUUGCUUUUUCUUUCUUUUCAUUAUGGCUGUUCGUUUCUUUUUUCUUUCUUUUCGUUAUAACUGUUUUUUUGCAUUUUACUUUCUUUUAAAUAUCGUUGUUCCUUUUCUUCUUUCUUUUUUUCUUUCCACUAUAUUUUUAUUCAUUUGCUUCUUUCUUUCUUUCUUUCUUUCUUUCUUUCUUUUCGUUAUAACUGUUCGUUUGUUUUUUCUUUCCAUUAUGAAAUUUCGUUUUCUUCUUUCUUUCUUUCUUUUAAUUAUAGUUUUGUUCCUGUACUUCUUUCUUUUCGUUAAACACUUUGUUUGCUUCUUCCUUAAAAUCUUUAAAUUAUUUAUAAAUUCUUCCUUGUUCCUUUUUUUCUUUUUUCUUUCUUUCUUUUCUUUCAUUUAUAUUUUAUAUUUUUUUUUUUGCUUCUUUUUAAAAAAAAUUCAAAAAAAAGUUUUUUUAAUUUUUUUCCUUUUUUUCUUUUUUUUUUUCUUUUUCUUUUUUUUUUUUUUUCUUUGUUUCUUUCUUUUUUCUUUCUUUCUUUCUAAAAAUUUUGAUUUUUUUCUCUUUUUUCUUCCUGUCGUUUCAUUAAACAUUUUUUGUUCGUUUUUUUUUUUUUCUUUUUUUGGUUUUUUUUUUUUUUUUUUUUUUUUUUGA